AUGGCGCUUCGCAGCAGAAUCCGGUCGUUCCACCUCCAUAUCCACCGGCCGUUUUCUUCCUCCUCAAUCCUCAGCCCGGACUCCAAAACCCCACUCACCAGCAAGGAAAAGUCCAAGGCCGCGCUCUCCCUCCUCCAGGUCGAGAAGAACCCGGAGCGGAUCCUCGACAUCUGCCGUGCCGCCGCCCUCACGCCGGAGAUCCAACUUGAUCGCGUCGCCUACUCCCUGGCCGUCACCAAGCUCCGGGAUUCCAACUACUACGAGGGUAUCCGUGGCUUAUUUUCGGAAUCCCUAGCCCGCCCCGAUUAUAAAUCCGACCGCUUCAUCUCCUACUUUAUCACCCUGUACGGCAAGGCCGGCCUGGUGAAGGACGCCAUCAAGCUGUUCGAGGAAAUGCCCGCCAUGGGCGUCCCGCACAGCGUGAAGGCCCUGAAUUCUCUGAUCUUAGCCUGUAUCAUAGCGCAGGACUACGGGGAGAUGAAGAGGGUAUUUUCGGAAUUCCCAAGGAAGCACGGGCUGGAGCCGAACCUGGACACGUACAACACCGUGCUGAAGGGGUUUUGCGAGUCAGGCAGCUCGAAUUCUGCUUACUCGAUACUGGCUGAGAUGGAGAGAAAAGGUGUGAAGCCCAACGUCUCGACAUUUUCCAUCGUGGUGGCCGGUUUUUACAAAGAGGAGAAACUCGAAGAUGUGGAGAAAAUGAAGCUUCUGAUAAAGAAACACGGGCUGCGCCCGAGCAUCGGGUUUUACAAUGUUAAGAUACAAAGCCUGUGCAAGCUCAAGAGAUCAGACGAGGCAAAAGCUUUGCUCAAUGAGAUUCUGUCCAGGAACAUGAAGCCGAAUUCUGUGACUUACGGGUAUUUGAUUAUCGGGUUCUGUAAGGAAGGGAAAUUGGAUUUGGCCAAGGAGUUGUUCGAGGAGAUGGGUAAGAAGAAGCUCGAGCCUGCGACCUGUUGUUAUGUUACACUUGUUUACUUUUUGUGCAAAGGGCAGGAUUUCGAAUCGGCACUGAAGAUUUUUAGGGAGUGCUUGGCAAAGGGUUGGGUGCCGAAUUUCACGACCAUGAAAAUGCUAGUGGACGGGCUUUGUAGUGUCCAGAAGGUUGACGAGGCAAAGGAAAUCAUUGGGAUUGUCAAGGAGAAGUUGCCUAAGAGUGCAGAUAAGUGGAGUGAGAUUGAAGAAGGAUUGGCCAAGUAG